CCCAGAGGCCCCUGCCUGGACUUCUCCGCCAGUACCUGGUCCCUGCAGUGCCGACACCAGACAUGGACAUCGCCAUCCAGCACCCCUGGUUCAAACGCGCCCUGGGCCCCUUCUACCCCAGCCGGCUGUUCGACCAGUUUUUUGGCGAGGGCCUCUUUGAGUAUGACCUGCUGCCCUUCCUGUCUUCCACCAUUAGCCCCUACUACCGCCAGUCUCUGUUCCGCACUGUGCUGGAUUCUGGCAUCUCAGAGGUCCGAUCUGACCGGGACAAGUUUGUCAUCUACCUGGACGUGAAGCACUUCUCUCCCGAGGACCUCACGGUGAAGGUGCUGGAGGACUCCGUGGAGAUCCACGGCAAACACAGCGAGAGGCAGGACGACCACGGCUACAUUUCCCGGGAGUUCCGUCGCCGCUACCGCCUGCCCUCCAACGUGGACCAGUCGGCUCUCUCCUGCUCCCUGUCUGCGGAUGGCAUGCUGACCUUCGCUGGCCCUAAGGUCCCGUCCGGCGUGGACUCCAGCCACAGCGAGCGGGCCAUCCCAGUGUCCCGGGAGGAGAAGCCUAGCUCGGCACCCUCGUCCUAAGCUCGGCCUCGGCCUCGGCUGCCACUAGCUCUCCCCCGUCCCCACUGUGACCCCUCAGUCCUGGGGGGCCCGAGGAAGUGGGGCAUCUGCAUCCUUUCCUUUCCUCAUUUUCACUUCCUUUCCUCACCUCCCAGGGAAUGAGGGUUUGAGAGGGCAGCCAGAGAGCGUGGGGCCGGGCCUCAGGUGCUGUGGCCUCCGGGUGACCCAGAUCCCAGCACCGGCCAGCUGGUGGGAGUGAUCGCUGCCCCAGCUUCUGGAGACAGCUGCCCCGGAGAUGCAGGCAGUCUUGUGACUGAGGCCAGAAGAACGUCUCCUGCCAAGCUAUCUGAUGACCUCUGUGUCUCCCGGGCCAGCCAGGGACACCUUGACCCUUGGUGGCCAGCGCCUCCAUCUGGGCAGAGCUGCGUGGCCCUUUCCCGGGUGCCCUGAGGUCCGUCUGGGGGCCUCUGCUCCAGGACCCUCAGCGGCCUGCUUCUCCCAGACCACCCUCCCUCCGGCACCCCCUGCAUAGUGUGGCUCCCGGGCACCUGGGCGCCUGUGAGAGUGCAGCCUGCGGCCGUCAAUAAAGAAGGCGACACAAGCA